AACAGAGGCAGCUUAAAUAUAGCCCAUCCACCACUUUCCAUGUCCAAAACCUUCCUGAAUUAUUAGAUUAACCCUCUAAUUAUCUUCUCCUUUUCCAUUCAAAGGGCUCAAACCUCUUCACUUUCCCUUUUCGUUUGCCCACCUGGAACCAGAAUCUCAAUCCCCUCUCUCUCUCCUCUCCUUCUCUAUCCCUCUCUAACCAUUUUCUUGCACAUCACAUCGAACAUGACAUAGGACAAACAUUAGUGGGAACAUUUGUAUUAAAAAAGUAUUUCAUGUAAGAUUUUGUUUUAUAUUACUAACUGUUUCAUCAUCCCAGGAAAGACAGGAGAGAGAGGAGAGAGAUACAAUCACAAACAAACAAAUCCUCAACUGCAACAUAAAUCAAAGACCAAAUCAAAACUUUUAUACCGUCCUCUUGAUCCUUGCUGAUUCGUUGCCUCCAAGAAAAAGCUCCAUUAAAUACUAAUGGAAGAUGAAGCAGAAGUGGACCCAUAAUAUGUUUCUAAAUUAUGUGGGUUAAUGAUUCGCAAUUAGGGUUUUUUAAUGAUGGUUGGGGGAAAGAACAGGGACAUUAAGCCCCUUUUGUUGAAAGUUGGGGUGGCUUUUGCUCUCUCAUUUGCUGGAUUUCUCUUUUCUCGUCUCAAAACCAGAAAGAUGAAGCCCUCCCUGCCUUCACCACGCUCUUCGUGCUCCUCGGAUAAAGAAAGUGAAGUUGAUUUGGCAGUGAGGCCUCGGCGGAAGGAUGACCUUAAUGCCGCAAGGAAAUCACACAGUUCAUGCAAUUCGGAAAAAUAUGACGAGAUGCACAUGCCAAAGGUCUGUAAUGUUAAUUGCACGUCCAGUGUUUCUCCAUGCAGCAAACACGGUGGAGGCAAAGAUGGGUUACUCUUACCAGUGUUCAAUGAGCUUGUGGAGGAAUUUGACUUUGGUGCUGCAAAUUCUGGGUUUUCUCCAAGGAAGAAUGUCGAAACUCCUAGGUCAGAUGCAGACACUCCCAAAGCAUAUCGAUCAGAUAUGGAUGAAUAUGAGCAAGAAAUCAGACACCUCAGAAACACAGUUAGAUCGCUUCGAGAGAGGGAGCGGAGUCUUGAAGUCCAGUUGCUCGAGUACUAUGGCCUUAAGGAGCAGGAGACUGCUGUUAUGGAGCUCCAAAACCAGUUGAAGAUAAAUGGUAUGGAGGCUAAGCUUUUCUCUCUCAAGAUUCAGUCCUUAGAGGCAGAUAACCGAAGACUGGAGUCACAAGUGGCCGAUCAUGCAAAGGUGGUGGCUGAGCUUGAGGCUACUAGGGCAAAAAUUAAGAUUCUAAAGAAGAAACUCAGAUUUGAAGCUGAACAGAACAAAGAACAGAUAUUAGCUCUGAAGAAAAGAGUAGAGAAGUUUCACGAUAGCGAAGCUGCUGAUAGUAAUUCAGAUAUUCAAUUGAAGUUGAGAAGGAUAAAAGAUUUGGAGGAUGAAGCUGAAGAGUUGAAAAAGUCUAAUUUGAAAUUGCAACUCGAAAAUUCUGAAUUGGCACGGAGCCUAGAGUCCACACAAAUCCUUGCAAAUUCUAUCUUGGAAGAUCCGGAGGCAGAAGCAUUGAAGGAAAUGAGUAAGCGUUUAAGACAAGAAAAUGACGACUUGACAAAGGAAAUUCAGCAACUCCAUGUUGAUCGGUGUUCUGAUGUUGAAGAAUUAGUUUACCUCCGGUGGAUAAAUGCUUGCUUACGCUACGAACUGCGGAAUUAUAAGCCCCAAUCUGGUAAAACAGUGGCAAGGGACUUAAGUAAAUCAUUAAGCCCAAGAUCAGAGAAGAAAGCCAAGCAGCUAAUAGUUGAAUAUGCAAACACUGAAGGAUUCGGGGAUAAGAGCAUUGAUUUUGAUUCUGAACAAUGGUCAUCCUCCCAAGCUUCAUUUUUCACAGAUUCCCCUGAGUUUGAUGACUUUUCUGUCGACAAUUCAUCUGCUACAAAAACCAACAUGUCGAGUAAAACCAAAUUGUUUAGCAAGCUUAGGAGACUCAUACAGGGAAAAGACACUCCUUACCACAACCAGGCUGUGUCAACAGAGAAAACUGGAUAUGCAGAAGAUAACGAGUCUCCAUCUCCAUUUUUCAGUUCAAGUAAAUCACUAGCAGCUUAUGGUGGACAAGAGGGUCAAAGUAACAUAUUUGCAACUUCGUUUCAUAGUUCAUCGAAAGCUUCUUUAGACCUUCCCAGAUGGAGAAGUCCAAAGGAACAGGAUCCCAAGGAUGUACGCAGGGCUCAAAGGCAUAGUGACGUGGGAACCCCCUCCGGGUAUAAGACCUUCAGCAGGGAGGGUUCUGCGGAUUUCCCACUCAAAGAUCGAUCAGACCAAGGCUCAGACUCUACUGAGAAAGCUGAGCUGGUGAAGUAUGCAGAAGCUUUGGUAAACUCUCGUGGCGCGACCCCGAAUGUACACAGAAAAUCAGCAUCAGCAUCGUAGUUGAUCAACCGGUUUAUAUACAUACACAUACAUGUGAAUCUUAUAGUUAAGAAAAUAGCAAAAGAGCCAGUUUUUACCAUAUUUUUACAGUUGAAGCUAGUUAAGAACUAAUUGUGUAAAAAUAGGAAAGAAUUUCAAUUGGUGAGAGGAGUGUACUUUUGAUUUA